AUGGAAUCUCGCAAAGAUCGCUCUGUUACAAGCAGAAGAAGGCGGUUCGAUUCCCGAGCUACUGCUGAAGACGUAAGGAAAAUAUCCUAUAUGCCUUGCAGUCAAGAUUUUAGGUUCUCAAAGGGCUCGACCUCAGUGGCAAGACUAUUCUGAUUACCGGCACAACCAAUGGGAUUGGCACCGAAACAGCUCGAGCGUUAGCUCAUCAUGGAGCCCAUGUUGUAAUGCUCAACAGAAACAGAGAUGCGGCCGAGAGAUUACGUGACGAACUUUAUUCUCAAACAAGGAAUCGGAAGAUCGACUUGAUAACUUGCGAUCUGGCGUCUCUCCAGUCAGUAAAAGAAGCGGCCGAGAAGUUUAUAAGAAAAGGAUGGUAUGUUAUGUGAAAUAAAAUAUAAAAAAGUAUCUUAGGCCUCUGCACGCCCUGAUUUUGAAUGCAGGAGUUAUGUCACCGGCAGCACAGGUCACUAAAGAUGACUUCAAUACAACUUUCGGGGUCAAUCAUCUAGCUCAUUUCUAUCUUACCCUACUUUUGAAAGAUCGGCUAAUUUCUUCGGCUCCAUCGAGAGUUGUUGUGGUCUCCUCAAACCUCCAUCGUCAUACUGGAAUUGACCCUAAAAGCUCGUUGGACACAAAGUUGAGGCAGCUCAUUCCAAGACCCGACACUUCAGCGUCUGGAAUGUCAUUAUACAGCGGAUCCAAGCUUUGCAAUAUCUUGUUUGCUUUUAAAUUGCACAGAGAGAUCCAUCAAUCUGGAGUGAACGUAAAUGCAGUUCAUCCGGGAGUUAUUUUUAAUACUGGCAAGUGUUAAAAUUGUUAUAAUCAGCUCUUUGAUAGAUAUUUUUUUUUAAAUCAAAGCAGUUUUUUACAGGGCUAAUGGGGACUGGAAGGACCAAAGUUCCCAGCAACCUCAUUCCAUCCAACUUUACCACAACAGUCCAGCAGGGCGCAGCAACAAGUGUUUAUUGCGCGGUUCAUCCGGAUUUGAAACAUGUGAGUUUAUGACGGUAUCUAAUAUUUGAAAAGUAAUUAGAUUCACCGCCGUUUCUAUAUUGAAUUUUUAGGUGAGUGGCCAUUACUUUGAAGCCUGUUGGGACGAUAAAUCUUACCUAAGCCGAGAGCUGGCGGAAGACAAACAGCUUCAAGACGCUUUAUGGAGUGCCAGUGUGCGAAUGAUCCGGCGCGCUGGGUUCAACAUUUGA